CACUACAUAGUGAUGUAACCCGGUGGUACGAGACAUGCUUUUGGGAAUAAAAUAACUAACAUCGAGUAAUAUAAGACGACAACAACAACAACAACAACAGGAGAAGUAACAGGCUUGGACAGGAGGAACACAGAGAUGGCUGUGCUGUACCGUUCACCUUCACUGCAGAGCAGCGAGCUCCUGGCGCUGUACGGACGAGAAGCGGACCCUUACAGAGGAAGAGACCGGGGCCCUGGCUAUGAGGAGUAUGAUGUGGAUUCAGAGGGCAGCGAGGAGGAGAGAGACGACAUGCGGAGCGCUCUCUCUCUGGAGGAAGGAUACGGCGUGGAGAGAGGGGAGCGCUCAGGCCUGGGACGUGUCUACUUCUCCAAUCAGGACUACUACCAGAGGCUGGAGCAGCUGCAGAGAACCCACCUGAGGAACAUGGCUGAGCUGGAGAAGAUGUAUAUCUGUAAAAGGUCAAAGGUCAACAAGAAGGACGAUGAGGAGGAGUAUGAGGAGGACGAGUGUUUGGAGAGAGACGGCAGAGACAUACAGGAUCUCCAACCCAGUGUCACGUGGGAAAGCCAGAGCUCUGGCUCUAUGCCAGUGAGGCGACUGCAGAGAAUCCUUUCAGACGAGGAGCUGAACUUCCACGAGGAGACGUCAGGCGACGUGUCUGACCAAUCAGGAGACGGUGUUGACGUGUCUGACCAAUCAGGAGACGGUGUUGGUGGAGACGGAGAAGAGGAGGAUAACCAUUAUGAACUGCUGCUGGAAGAGAGAGAAGAGGACAGCCACAGCCCCAGGGCCUGGAGAAUGAAGGACAAACCCCUCAGGAACAGUCUCAGGGACAGUCAGUCCUGCUGUCCAGAGAGUGUGACCACCACCACCACCACCGCCCGUAAGCAGCCAUCAUCAUCAUCUAGGAGCCAGCUCCAGAUCCAGCUCCAGCUGAGAGGCUGCUGCCCCAAGAGCCAGGGCAGAAACCAGGGAGGAAACCUGAGCAACACAGGGAGGAGAACCAGAGGCGAGAGCUAUAGGGGGGAUGGAGGUCCUGAUAACUCCAGGGGGACUGUGACCGUCCCCGAGCCAUUCAGGAUGAUGGUGAGGGAGGAGGAGAAGAAGAGGAGGAAGGUCAGGACGCGUUCGGAGGUGGAGCUGGAGAACUUCCUGCUGCGCCGGGAGCUGGACGAGCUGAGGGAGUGUGGCAUGAAGUUCCGGGCCUCGCCGGCGCCCGCCCACACUCGCCUGCCGCUCUACGACGUCAUCAGCCGACGCCUCAGCCAGCGGCCUGGUUACCAUCCCGGUAACCACAGAGUUAACUUCGGUAAUUAUCAGUGUGUCACGGUCAGCGGUGGCAACCAGCGGGCCUCCUCCUGCUCACCCCAGAGACCCCACAGCGCCACCCACAGGCAGCAGAGCAAAGUGCAGCAGCAGCUGACGAGUCAGAAGAAAGUGAAGAAUAUGACCCACCAACACAGCACGCGAUCUACACCAGGCUUGCGGGCCGAGGGUCCAGGAGAGAAGAGGGGGGACACAGAGGAGGGCGAGGACCAGGGCCUAACGCUUGUGGAGAAAGAGAAGAGUUUUCGCCUAAAAAAGGAGGGACUCCCGUCCUACGACAGCAAUAGUUACUGGCGGUCUCAGAGCCGGAGCAGGCGUCCGUCGAUCAAGAUGGGGACGGGGGGACCUAGGAAGCAGCUUGAGCUCCAGAUAGACAUGGAGUCGGAGAGGAGGAAGGAUAGAGAGAGGGAGUUGUCUUACAUCGACCCACUCUGUACCCCUGGCAGCCCCAACAACCUAUGUUCGUCUCUCGUCAGUCAGGAGGACCUCCCUCUCCCAGCAGGCAAAACAGACUACAUCAGUGUGUGUAACAGCCGUGAUCAAGUCAUCGAAAGUGUUCUGUAA